AUGGAAAUGCUGAAUUUCACUGAUGUGACAGAAUCUAUUCUUUUGGGGUUAACCAGUCCCUGUGAAAGGCAAGUGCUGUUCUUCAUCAAGUUUCUUGGGGUCUACAUUGUCACAGUGAUGGGCCAUAUCGGCAUGUUUGUGUUAAUUAGGGUCAGUCCAAAACUCAGCAUUCCCAUGUACUUUUUCCUGAGUCAUCUAUCAUUCAUUGAUGUAUGGUUUUCAUCCAUACAUCAAUGGAUGUUCGAAAAUCUGUUAUCAGAGAGAAAAACCAUUUCGUAUGUUGGUUGUUUAGUACAGUGUUUCUUCUUCAUUGCCCUCGUCCAUGUGGAAAUUUUCAUCCUUGCUGUGAUGGCGUUUGAUAGGUAGAUGGCAAUUGGGAACCCUCUACUCUAUGGAAGCAAAAUGUCAAGGGUUGUCCGUAUUUGGCUGAUUACUUUCCCUUACAUGCAUGGCUUUCUCACCACUCUGGCAGCAACGUUCUGGACGUAUGGCUUGCACAUCUGUGGAAAAAUUGAGAUCAACCACUUCUACUGUGCAGACCCACCACUUAUCAAAAUGGCCUGCACUGGGAUCUUUGUAAAAGAAUACACAAUGCUCUUUCUUCCAGGUGUGAACUUCACCUAUUCCCUGACUGUAGUCAUCAUCUCUUAUCUUUUCAUUCUCAUUGCCAUUCUACGAAUGCAUUCAUCAGAAGGAAGGCUGAAGGCCUUCUCCACAUGUGGAUCCCAUCUGACAGCCGUCAGUAUAUUUUAUGGUACCCUGAUCUUCAUGUAUCUCCAACAACCCACAGAACAAUCAGUGGAGCAGGGCAAGAUGGUGGCUGUCUUCUACACCACAGUGAUCCCCAUGCUGAACCCCAUGAUCUACAGUCUACGGAACAAGGAUGUGAAAGAAGCCAUGGACAAACUGAUUAGUAGAACAUACUUUUCAAAAUAA